AAUUUUCUCUUUUACUGCUUUUAUAUUUUUCUUCUUUAAGCUGCUGUUUAUUAUAUCGAUAGUAUCAAAAAAUAAUAUUUCCACUGUGGUACUCGCAAGGGAUUUUUAGUAGCUUUAAUGAGGUCUUGAAUCCUGGGUAAAGCACAUCCAAAAUGAGAUUUUUGAAAAUUAAUGUUGCUAGCUGGAUAAAAGGUACUGGAAGUUUGAUAGCCACCUACUUGCAUUUUUAGGUUGCAUAAUUUAAUGAGUAAUUCUUUAAUAUGCAAUGAGAUGGAAAUCAAACAUUUAAUUUUAUUGUAUUAGAGGAAUUAAUAUAGCAUGCAUGGAGUAAACUAAAGUAGUUAUAAGCAGUAAUUGAGUAAAACAAAAAUAUUUGGGAGAUAUUAAAUAUGUCUAGUUGUACCUUGGAUAGCUGUACAUUUUUAUUAACAUGUUUCUGAGGAGGGGGAGUUGUUACUAUAACAACAUUUGCAGGAUAUCUUUGACUUUUUUUUUUAAUGUUUAUUAACUGCAUGCCUUAGGCAAGCUUAAUCUGCAGCUGCUUUCAUAGGUUUAUGGUAGGAAGUGAAUAUAAGUCUCAUAUAUUUCACUGUGUUAAGCUCCUUUAUGGAACUAUUAUUUCUGUGAUUUCUUUUUCUUGUUUCCAUACAAUAUCAUCAGCUAACAAAUUGGAAUGCAGGAGAUGCUACUGAAACAUAAGCAGCUGCUUUCAUUAUAUUAUUGUGUAUUACUUGAUAAUGCCAGUUAUAUGCUUGUAAGUAUAAAAACCCGGCAGAUUUUAAUACUGUUUCACUGUUCUCUUUUUAUAUAUCACUCGUGAUGUGAAUGUUUCAGAUGUGGAGUUACCUUUUAAUAGCUGUCAUCAGAGAUUCAGGUGUGAGAUGUGCCAAGAGGUAACUUUAUCUGACAUCAGAACUACCUUGGCAAUUUGUAUACAGAAAAGCAAUCUUCUGGUGAUUGGAGUAGUUCCGGAUUGGAAGAUGAGAACAAAAUCUUAUGGAAACUCUUAGAUGCUUCAUAGGGAGAUCAGACAUGGUUGUAUAUAGCUCUUUGUAUUACUCACAGUAUCUGCAAACUAGAUUUCUGAUACCAUAUGAUUAACCAAUACUCUAUAGAUGAUGCUAGAUGUGUUUUGUAUUGAUUAGGUGUGUAGUUUAGCAUUGCUGAUGAUGUAUUGUUAGAACUGUUAGCAUUUCUGCAUGCUUUGUUUUGAACCCAAGUGUUGGUCUUUAGAUUAUUUUGUUAAAGUUGCACAAUAAAGGAUAUUCUAGUUAAAUGUACAAGUAGUGUAAUCAAGGCAGUCAAAAAUACUCCUCUGUAAGGCUUGUUCUAAGUUCUGGGUUUUUAAUGUUGUUUACCUUUGAUUUUCUAAGCAGGGUAUCUAUCUUGGAUUAAUGUAUUUGGGUUUUAUUCCAAAUGCUUGUUUCUGUGAAAUACAAUCUUGGGCUGCAAUUUCAAGUUUCAAACUUCAGAGUAAGGUCCACAAGUACUUCCCUUGUGAAGCCAAGAGAUCCUGUGGUUAAAGAAAUUCUGGUAGUGAUUUGGGUCCAAGUUUAUUGUGGAGGUUUAAAAUGGCUGUGAACACUAGUAGAACACUUGUUCAUUUAAAAUGAGCUUUUAAAUCAAAGUAUUCUUUUCCUAGCCAUUGUCUGGAUAACGGAAUGCACGCAUUUUGAACACUUGCUAGGUUACCAUAGGCUAGGAAAUGUCAUCUGCAAUUCUGGUUGCAAGAGUCUAGCCAAGGCUUCUGGUGUUCUUGAAGAAUCUUAUUGAAGUUCAAAACUUUGUCCAAGGCACCCUCUUCCUGCCUCUGGUUAAUCUUCUGAUUCUCUGGGAGCUGUAGAUAGCCUGUGUGCCAUGAAUUGUAUGCAAAAGUGGAAAAAACUUUCCCAGUUUUUGCAGAGAAGUGUACAAAUUGUCUGUACUGCUUAAGGGCAAACUAGCAACCAAUCUGGUGCUUUAGCAAGUAUUAGACUACUUUGGUUAAAUUCUGCUGGAGAGUAUGUCAGGCUGCAUUUCUGUGUCGAGCAGUACAUGUGUAAACCUAUAUAAUUAUUCUACAUUGUUUUACAUUGUGACUGUCAUUAUUAAUAUAGUCAGACUUAGCUCAUCUUUUGCCCAGAAGCAGUUUCUUGAAGUAGUGUGUAUCAUCUCAAUCAGACUAUGUAGAGACCUACACUAGUAACUGCAGUUGGGUAGAUCACAUCAAGAACUGAAUAUUCAUUAGCAUUUUGCAGCAUUCCAAAGUAGGAAGAAUUUUUUUUAUUUUGUCAAAAUUUUCACGGUAUAAGUUUUCUAUUAGCUUUUCAGCUUCAUAUGUACUAGAAUAUUUCCAGUUCUCCAUUAUUUCAUGGGUCUGGACAAAUUAUGAGAAUUUAAUUUCUUAACAUGGCUGUAAUGUGCUUGGUGGAAUAAUUAUUUAUGUUUAAUUAUGAAUAUGUUAUUAAUGAAUUAAUUAUGUUUAUGUUAUUACAUGAGACUCAAUGCUAUUGAGGCAGGCAUUGUCAGAAAGAAGUUGUUUACUGCUGUGUCUUGCAAACAUGCCAAGAUUUCUUGGUAGCCUUGAACAACUUCAUGCUUUUAGCAAACUUAAAUGAUUUUGCUUCAAACUGGUCCCAUUUGACAUGGUAAUGAAUUUGAAACACUAUGGUUCCUAGGUCACAUUUUCAUCCUCAAUGGAUUUUCCCUCAAAGAUGGGUAAAUAUACCCAAUAUCUUAGGGAGACAUCACUUUGGUAUCACUAAAGAUCUUUUUGAUUAUUACAUUAUCGUUGAUAUACUGACAAAAAUAUUGUUACAUGAGGACAGUAGUUACAGGAGCAUCAGCAUGCUUUCCGCAUAAGAAAAGAUGCAAACUUAAUGGGAAGAUAGUGACAAUAGAAUGAACAGAAGCAGAGGACACUGGCACUUCACUGUAUAUAGCUGUUAAGAAACUAGGGGUUUGUAUACACAGAAGCAUGUUGACUAAUAUAAGGCUAUUGUAUAUCCACAUUUGUAUGCGUGCUGUACUGCAUGGGGACUCAUUUGGACAGGUCAUACACCACAUGGACCACAAUCAAAGCAUAUGUAAGCAUCUGUUAUUGGUUGUGCUUGAUGGUUAUAAAGUUACGGAUACUUAAAACAUGCAAGCACAUGUAUUGAUAAUGGAAGUGUUAAGUGAUGGGUUUAAAGAGCUGCUAUUAUUCUACAAGUGUCAUUGUAGUACAAUUGGGAAAUACAACAAGGAAUGAAAUACACUGAGUAGCUGAAGCAGAGAAGCAGGAGUUAGGUUAAAAUUAAAAUGGUGCCUUUUAAAGAGCUGCAGUUGCCAGGCUACUGACACUGCCGUUUUGUGUGUGGUGCGACACAAUGCUCAGUCUUUUCUCCUGUAUCCUGUAGUAACUGCAUUAUUCUGUGAACAUCAAGGUUUAGUUCCUUCAUCUGUCAAGUAAAGUGAUUUCGUUCUACAACCAGAAUAAUAUUUUCCAUUUUUGGGAGCAGCAAGGUAUUGGAAUGAACAUGGAAAUGCUAAAGUGGUUUACAAAAAAUGACACCUAUGCUAAGGCAAAAAUGUCACAGGUUAAACAAGUGGGACUUUUAGCUGCUGGAUGUCAGCCAUGGAACAAGGAUAUAUGUGCUGCUAGUGGGGACAGAUUUGCCUACUGUGCUACCCUUGCUAUUUAUAUUUAUCAGUUGGAUCACCGAUACAAUGAGUUCAAGCUCCAUGCAAUUAUGUCUGAGCAUAAGAAGACGAUCACAGCCAUAUCCUGGUGUCCCCACAACCCUGACGUGUUUGCAAGUGCCAGUGCAGAUAGUUUAGUGAUUAUUUGGAAUGUGAAUGAACAGAAAGUUGUGGCCAAGCUGGACAAUACAAAAGGAAUUCCUUCAUCACUUAGCUGGUGUUGGAAUGCAGGUGAUGCAGUUGCAUUUGUGUCCCAUAGAGGGCCGUUGUACAUUUGGACUAUCUCAGGACCUGACAGCGGGGUAACUGUACAUAGAGAAGCACAUAGUUUCUUGUCAGAUAUCAGUCUGUUUAGAUGGCAUCCAAAGAAAAAAGGAAAAGUGGUGUUUGGACAUACUGAUGGAAGCCUAUCUAUUUUUCAGCCAGGUUCUAAAAAUCAGAAACAUGUCUUAAGACCAGAGUCUCUUGAAGGAACGGAUGAAGAGGAUCCAGUUACAGCACUGGAGUGGGACCCUUUGUCAACUGACUACCUUCUUGUUGCUAAUUUACAUAAUGGUAUUCGACUAGUUGAUUCUGAAUCUCUGUCCUGUAUCACAACUUUUAGUUUUCCCAGUGCAGCAGCAUCUGUUCAGUGUUUAGCCUGGGUUUCCAGUGCACCUGGAAUGUUUAUAACUGGAGAUUCUCAGGUUGGUGUGUUACGUGUUUGGAAUGUUUCACGUACAACACCUAUAGAUAAUUUUAAAUUGAAGCAAACGGGUUUCCAUGGUUUGCAUGUGCUAAGUUCUCCUCCAAAGAAAAAGUCACGUUCAUCACAGUAUCCUACUAAAAAUCAUCAUACAUCUUCAACAAGUGAGGCUGUUCCUCCUCCAACUUUAACCCAAAACCAAGCAUUUUCUCUUCCUCCUGGUCACACCGUCUGUUGUUUUAUGGAUGGUGGAGUGGGGCUUUACGACAUGGGAGCCAAAAAGUGGGAUUUCCUUAGAGAUUUGGGACAUGUUGAGACCAUCUUUGAUUGCAAAUUCAAACCUGAUAACCCUGAUCUUCUUGCUACAGCUUCAUUUGAUGGCACAAUAAAAGUUUGGGACAUUAAUACUUUAUCAGCGGUUUAUACAUCUCCUGGUAAUGAGGGGGUUAUUUAUUCCAUUUCUUGGGCUCCAGGAGAUCUGAACUGCAUAGCAGGGGCAACAUCCAGAAAUGGUGCCUUCAUCUGGGAUGUUCGAAAAGGCAAAAUGAUAACCAGAUUCAGUGAGCAUGGAAAGAAUGGAAUCUUCUGCAUUGCCUGGAGUCAUAAAGAUUCCAAAAGAAUAGCAACCUGCAGCAGUGAUGGAUUUUGUAUUAUUCGAACCAUUGAUGGCAAUGUUCUUCACAAGUAUAAACAUCCAGCUGCAGUGUUCGGCUGUGAUUGGAGUCAAAACAACAAAGAUAUGAUAGCUACUGGUUGUGAGGAUAAAAAUGUUCGCGUUUACUACUUGGCAACCAGCUCUGAUCAGCCACUGAAAGUUUUCACAGGGCAUACUGCAAAGGUGUUUCAUGUACGGUGGUCUCCUCUGAGAGAAGGAAUCCUCUGCAGUGGCUCUGAUGAUGGUACUGUUCGAAUAUGGGAUUAUACACAGGACGCUUGUAUAAAUGUUCUUAGUGGACACACAGCUCCAGUACGGGGGCUGAUGUGGAAUCCUGAAAUUCCUUACCUUCUAAUAUCUGGCAGUUGGGACUAUACAAUUCGAGUCUGGGACACAAGAGAUGGAACAUGUUUGGACACAGUUUAUGAUCAUGGUGCAGAUGUAUAUGGAUUAACAUGUCAUCCUAGUCGUCCAUUUACUAUGGCAUCCUGCUCUCGUGAUUCCACUGUGAGACUCUGGUCAUUGACACCUCUUAUAAACCCUCUACCAAUAAAUAUCUUAGCAGAUAGAUGUUGGGAUGAUAUUAUCGGCAAUACAGAUCGUGCUGUGGAAUCUGGUGCUCCUCCUUUGCUGUGUGGUAAAGUUUCCAGGGAUAUUAAACAGGAAUUGGAAAAAUUGUCAGGAAAUCCUCGAGGAAAAAAACUAAGGUGGUUUUCAGAAUGUUUUUCACCUCCUGGAGGCAGCAAAAAUUUAUGGGAUUUGGUUGCUGUAAUAAAAGGACAGGAUGACAGUUUGCUUCCACAAAACUACUGCAAAGGAAUUAUGCAUAUGAAACAUCUCAUUAGAUUUAGAAUGUCCAGGGCACAAGAGCUGACAACAGUAAAGAUGUCUAAGUUUGGAGGCGGUAUUGGUGCACCAAGCAAAGAGGAAAGGCUCAAAGAAGCUGCAGAAAUACAUUUAAGAUUAGGACAAAUUCAGCGAUAUUGUGAACUAAUGGUAGAACUUGGAGAGUGGGACAAAGCUCUCUCAGUUGCGCCUGGUGUAUCAAUGAAAUAUUGGAGGAAGCUAAUGCAAAGGAGAGCUGAUCAGUUAAUUCAGGAAGAAAAUGAUGAUGUCAUCCCAUACUGUAUAGCUACUGGAGAUGUAAAGAAACUAGUUUCUUUCUUUACUUCAAGAGGUCAGCUUAAAGAAGCGCUUCUUGUUGCACAGGCAGCUUGUGAAGGAAAUAUACAGAUGUUACCACUCUCCACAGCAAGUGGAUCUUCAAAUUCUGGUGGAAACAAUACUGAUGAUUAUAAUGAGCUUCUGCACAAGGUCAGUAAAGAACUGGCAGAUUGGUAUUUUCAGGAUGGCCAUGCAGUGCUUGCAGCAUGUUGUCAUCUGGCUGUUGAAAAUAUAGAGCUUGCGAUGGCAAACCUGAUUCGUGGAAAUGAACUGGAGCUGGCAGUCAGUGUGGGUACUGUCUUAGGAGAAAGUGCAGCACAAGCAACACAUUAUGCCCUAGAAUUACUAGCAAGAAAGUGUAUGGCAGUAGCAACAUGCUUUCCAUCACUUGGAUACAGGGAUUUAGCAGCUGAUCUUCUUAUGAUGAUUCCUGAUAACAAACUUCAGUUAGUAAAACUAUGUGCUUUUUAUCCUGGAUGCAUAGCAGAAAUAAAUGACCUGCAUGAAAAGUGCAAUCUUCCUGAUGCAGAAGAAUGUAUGCGGUUGGCAGAGGCAAUUCAGGCAGACGGAGAUAUAUUUGAAACGAUAAAGUACUAUCUGUUAAGCACAGAACCUGACAGGGCUCUCCCUGUUGGCAUUCAGUAUGUGAAAGAACAACUUAUUGGCUCAGAUUGGACUUUGGAUUCAGUCUUUCCAUAUCUUGAUCUUCUAAGUUACAUACGCACUGAACAAUUAAUGUUGCAUCAAUGUAGUGAAUUUCGGAAUGAGUUGCUGAUUUUGUGUGGUUACAUUGGUGCUUUACUUGCUAUCAGAAGACAGUACAAUAGCAUUGUACCUGCACUGUAUGAGUAUACAAGUCAGCUUUUAAAAAGACGAGAAGUAUCCGUACCUUUGAAAAUUGAACAGCUUUCUGAGGAAUUAGAUGCAUGGAGAGCUUGCACACAAUUAAACAAGUCUGGCGAUGAACUGCCAUGCACUCCACCAUCUGAAUCACAGAGAGCGGUGUAUUCACUGCUCGUAUCACGAAUUCAGGAGGAGCCUCUGAAAGGAAUGGUUGGGCCAGACUGUGUCACUGGAUCAAAUCUUCCUAGUCAUUCAGAUGUUCAUAUCUCUUGUUUGACAGGGCUAAAGAUACAGGGUCCAGUGUUCUUCCUUGAAGAUGGAAAAUCUGCUAUUUCACUGAAUGAUGCUUUGAUGUGGGCCAAAGUCAAUCCUUUUUCACCACUAGGAACAGGAAUACGACUUAACCCAUUUUGAUGAGGUGUUUCCUCUGUACUUUAUAGUGCUUAAAAUAACACUCUGGGGGUUAAUACUGAUUUAACCUUGAUCAAAGGACAGAAAGUGGUAGUUGGAAGGGCAAGUACUUGAACUUUGAAAAUUGUAAAGUGAAAGCAAGAAAAGAAUUUCUAUACAAAUGUUUGUUGAAAAUCCAAAGAAAAAAGUUAUUUGAUAAUCCAAAGAAAAAGUCCUAACUUCAUAUACAGCCAUGUCUUUUUUUUUUUCAGUAAGAACAGUGUUGUCAGACAAUACAGACAUAUUUUAGUCAACUCUGUGUGAAUAGAUGCCUUGUAAAGGGAGUAAGCAACUAUCUGCACAUUAUCAAAAUAUUGAUAACAAACUGUGAAAUCCAUAAACACACUUACAAAUACAUAAUAAUAGAAUAACUUUCUUGAUACCUACUGCAACCUGUUUUUAGAAGGACUGGAAUACUGUGGCUCUUUCACACAUUGUGUCCCCCUUUUUAAUUUUAACUAAUUUUUACACACAGGGUUCUAUAGUAAAAGUAAAAUUUAAAGAGUAGAUUAUUUUUUUCAUCCAUUUGUUAUUGUGCUUAUUAGCAGUACAAAUAGCAGUUUACUUAUGUUUUGUUUAGACAGUUUUGAAUAUCUACAUUACAAAAUUCUAUUUUCUAAUAGGAUCAUUUUCAGCAACUGUCCCCCUUAUAUUUUCACUGGAGGCUAAAAUGUAUUUAUAAAACUGUUUGUUUUUUUUUAACAAAGGGUUUGUAAGGAACAAACAGCAAAUUUAUUGCAAUUAUUUAACUGUGAUAUAUAUAUUUAAAAUACUUGUUUUCUUUUUACAUUUUGUAUUAGUUAUAAACAUGCAUAUAUUAUGACAAACCAGAAGUAAAUACCUGUGCAUAUAUAUUUUUAUUUACUAAAUCUGUGCUCAAAUGGAAAAAACUAGUCAUGGCAAUAGAACACUAAGAAUAUUUAAACUUUAAAGCUGUGUAUAGUAUGGAAUUUAAUUAUAAGGAAAAUAUUAUACUUAUUUAUUAUUAAUAAUUCUUAUAAUCAGAAUUACCUGUAGAAAAGAUGCCUUGGUUACAAUAUUCCUUAUUAGUUUAAUUGCUGGCACUUAAGCAGAAAUCUACUUUAUCUGAUGUUACCUUUUUUGCUGCUGCUUUAAAAUAAAUUUUAAAAUUUAUUUAAAAUCCUGAUAAUUACAUGAAAUGUAAAGAAGUUGCAAUUAAAAAUUGGCAGAAUUAUUUCAAUAGAAACUGUUGUAAAACUGGUAAUAAUAGCAGGUAUUUAUCAGACCCUGUAGACAAUCCUCAAUACAGAGGUAAGCCAUGCCCUCAUUUAACUAGAAAUAACAAUGCCACCAUGCUGGAAAGGUGGGAUGGAGACUAGAAAUAAAAAAAUACAAGGUUGUUUUUCCCCCUCUUUAAAAAGGUAAAAUUUCAUUCUGGCAAUGCUCUAGAGUAUAUUACAGGGUUUCUGGUGUAAGAAUAAAUUGGAGGGGGAGAGGCAAGGCUUAGCUGUUUUGUAGCCUAGAAACCCCCAUUUUUGUAUGUACUUGGAUGCUGGAACAGAAUGUUUUACUAUCUGCAGGUAUUCUUUGGAAGAUGAUUUUCCUUUUUUUAACUCCAUGGAGCUUGGCAAAGAAGAAUUGGGUUUCAGAAGUCAAAAUUUGUAGUUUUUGAAAUAAUUUUCCAUCAGUCAGUAUCUGAUAUCUGCUUCUGUCAAAUGAAAGACUAGCUGUCUUUUAGCACAUAAGUUGUAUAACCUGAUAUAUAAAUGCAGAGGUGCAGAGCAAUGGUAAGAACAUGCAGCCCCAUGUCUGGUGAUUGGAAUCUGAAGGAUUGACUCAACUGCCAUUCUACUAUAUUUAAAAUCUUUUGCUGUAUCAUAAGGACUUUUACCAAUAUUUCAAAGUUUAAAUAACUUACAAUGUGUAGUAUAACUACAUCAAUGUGUUGCACAUAAAUUGUGCCUUAACAUGGAAUCUUGGGCAAAUCUGCUCCCUCUUUAGAAUGUGAGGGUUAGGAAUUCUUUCAUUGCUAAAAUAUAAAAAUUAAGUCAGAGGGCGUUUUUUAUAUUUGGGGUGAAUCAGGAAACAGUCAUUGUGAAUAACAUGAGGUUGCAUUUUCCUUGUAGUUGUUUGUACCCCAUGUGUUGAGUGAGGGGAAUAUGCAGAAAAGGUUGUAAUUGUGUCUACUGCUACAGCUGUGGUUGCAACUGUCAAACUAUGAAUUCAUCAUUUUCAUAAUUAAUUUCAGAUUGUUUGCUAAUAUGUGACUUCAUUGUCUGGCACAGCAAGUCAAAUACAGAUACUUCUCCCUUAAUAUUAAAGAAUACUUUGUCUUCAAA